AUGCUGUCGAGAAGUUUGUUUAGAAAUGCUAUUUUGCGUAGGUCUCUAAUGACCACUUGCACGAGGCCCACAUUGGUGUCGCCUAUAACGAGAAGAAACUGGGCACAAGUAAGAAAGUACUCUAGCGCAGAAGACGAGGAGACAUUUGAAGAGUUUACAGCAAGGUUCGAGAAAGAGUUUGAUGAGGCGUACGACUUGUUUGAAGUGCAAAGAGUCCUAAACAAUUGUUUUUCUUACGAUUUAGUACCUGCUCCAGCACUUGUUGAAAAAGCGUUACGAGCAGCAAGAAGAGUCAAUGAUUUACCCACAGCUAUAAGAGUCUUUGAAGCGUUGAAGUUUAAAGUGGAAAAUGAAGAGCAAUAUAAGGCCUACUUGGAUGAAUUGAAAGAAGUCAGAGAAGAGUUGGGAGUUCCAUUAAAGGAGGAAUUAUUCCCUACGAGUACGGCUAGUACAUAG